UGUUUUUAUCAAUAUAGAACGUUCCUGUUUGUUUAUCGUGCAGAAAAGUAAUCUGUUCUUAAACAUAUAUGCUUUGUCACAAUAUAAAAAAUGGAAAUAUAUUUUACGAUAAGUACAUUAUUAAUGACUGGAGUUGUGUUUGCGUUUGGGAGAAAUAUUCAGAGGCAGGUUGAUAAUCUUGAAAGAAGGUAUGAAAACGAUUACAUAUCGGUGAGGGAAAAUGUGAGAGAUUUAUGGAAAAGCAUCAAUCAGUUAGAAACAGUUUGCGGGAUCGGUACAGAAACAACUACAGAAACAAAUACAGUCAGUCCAAAAGCUAAACAAUCUCCCGCGCAACAUAAAAGUACACCUGUUAUUUCACCUGUUUAUGUUUCACAAUUGGUACAGGGACUCUCCAAAGAGAAGGAAUUUCUCCGAAACAGUUUGAAAGACAUAACUGAUUCAAUCAUUCAGGUGAAUAACAGCUUCACCAACACCGUACACGAGAAAAUGAGAUAUAUGAGUAAAAUUGAUGUGACGUGUAGCAGUAUAGAAAAUGAAAUGGAAAAUGUACAUAAGAAACAAGCUGUGAUGUUGGUGCAUAUAGAAAGGACGAGGGAAACGUUGGAAACAGAAGUCGAUGGGCUACGGCUUGUGAUAAACCAAGCUUUAGAAGCGAUGCAAAAUAGUAUCUUGAACAAACCGGCUUCUUGUACUGACCUUGCUAAAGCCGGUGUUACCUCUAGUGGAGUUUACACUUUGCAUUACAGAAUGCAGCCGUUUACAGUGUACUGUUUAAUGAAUGAAAACGGUGGAUAUACAUUCAUUUCACCUGAAACAUACAUGAACGUUGAUAUUAAAAGCCUGUCUAACGACAACAGUCAUGUCGUAAUCCGACAUAGAAGAACCAAUGGGUUGCAGUACGAGACUCGGAUCGAACAGAUAUCAAGAUACAAGUCACGUCCAUUGUCGGUCCAGUAUAAUGCUCAUACAGGUUACAAAAGGUAUUGUUAACAACAAAAUGACACCUUAUGUUUACGUUGGACUGAAUCCUCUGAAGCUGGAAAAUGGACGUAGCCAUAGAGGAGACAGACAAGGUUACAAAGCGAAUGGCAAAGAUUUUACUUUCGUAAACUGUGACGGCAAUCCUAAUGGCUAUUUUGCCUUCCUUUUCAAUCACAAUAAUGUUGCUACACCAAGACGUGGAGAAUCUCCAGCAGUUUCUAGAAAAUGGAUUGACUCCUCUACCAGAGUAACCGGCGACAUAUUGCCAGACAAGUUUAUGUCUUUCUUUGAAUUACACUUCGGCGGUUGCGGUGCAUUUGCUGGGACAAACAACAUUGGGGAAGUAACUGGAGGGGCUGUUGGCAUCCCGUAUACUUUACCUUAGGACUGAUGUAAACAACACUCUCGAUAACUGUCAAGCAUCGUUCCCAUGCACGUUCAUGAAUGGUGUAUAUCUUAAUGAUGGACGUUACUAACAUUCGUUGCUCUCAGCGUAUGGUGAGGGUUAAUAGAACUCAAUGAUAUAUUGGACUUUUUAUUUUCAGUCAAAGGAAUCUUGCGUCUAACUCAUGCCAAAAUAUACAUAAGGAAUCUGGCGUCAAAACUGCAAGUUUAUUGUCGUGCAUUUGCCAUGUGGUACACAUUAGCAGAAUGAUGAGUUUGCAUACAAUUCCUGGGCAACUUACCGUUGUUUCAAAACGGCCAUAUAGUAUAAAAUUUCAUAUCUCCAUACGUUAUAGCUAUUAAAUGUAUUAAUUAAUCUAAAUAUAGAAGAAUGAAACCUAAGAAUUAUGUUCAA